GAGGACAACGCACUGCUCGGUGUAAAGAUCAGAGAUGGGUUUCAAGUUGAAGAAUACAAAGGACUGGAUCACAGCGGAGCGAGUGGCCAUAUUCUUUGGUCUGCUAUCCACCUGCCUGAUUGUGGCUCUCGUGGUAGUGCUUGUCCAUAGGGACAACUUGUGGCUCCAACUGGACGAGGCCCAGCGCAAAUUGGACGUUCUCGAGGACUACAUACAAAACCAUUUGCGGACUGGCACUCCCCAACAACUGUUGAAUUCCAGAGCCAACAGAUGAUUCUUAGGGCUAUAAUAGUUUAGUUUUUCGUAUUUCGAUGGCGUCAAUAAACA